AUGCAAGAACUGCUGAGACAGACUGGGCUGCACGGCUCGCUGCUCCCGGACGGGGAGUGCUUCGACAUGUGGCAUGACUACAUGAACCUGGGCGGACUGCUGAAGAUGCUGAGUGGCAAUCAUGAUCUGGGCUACACAGACAUGGAGGGCUUCGAGACAGAAGCAGCAGCACCGUGGAGCUACUUCAGGGCAUCUUGGGAGGAGGAUUUCAAAAACUACUAUGGGACUAGUUCACCCAGCGGAAGCCUCUUGGGGACUACUUCACCUUUGACAAUGUCGGGGACUACGUCACAGAGCAGCAGCCUGUUAGGGACUAGUUCAGCCUUCACCCUGCCGCAGGCUGCUUCAUCCAGGAGCACCAGCUUCUCCGGGACCACUUCACCCAGGAGCACCACCCUCUGCGGGACUACGUCACCCAGGAGCAGCAGCCUCUCCGGGCCUGCCUCACCCUCCAGCCUCUCGGACAGCAGCUGCAGCGAGGCCUCCUCCUUGUACUGCCCCUUCUGCAGGCACAACGGGGAGACUGCAAAGGUGUACCGGUCACACAACCUGAAGUCAGAGGACGGGAAGGUGAGCUGCCCCAUCCUCUACAACUACACCUGUCCCAUCUGUGAGGCCACCGGGGACAACGCCCACACCCGCAGCUACUGCCCACAGGCCAGGAGGCCAGACGCUGCGGGGAUCCUGCCGUGGCUCAGGCUCAGAGCUCGGAAGGGAAACUGAAAUGACUGAUGAUGCUGAAAGGACUGUAUAUAAUUACUGAGACCUGUUUUGGGCACGUGUUCAUGUUAAACUGUUGCAGGUUCCUGAUGAGAUUCAAGUGAAAUUGUGCACUUUGCAUUAUUAUUAUGUUACUGUCAUUGUGCUCCAGUCAUGCUCUGCUAUGAAUAGCCUAAAUAUGAUUUCAGUCUCAGGUAGAAUGUUUUCAAACCUUGAGACAACUAUGUUGAAAAUUCACAAUUUGGAAAAUUAUUUUUUGUAUGUAUUAUCAAAAAUAAA